UCGGCUCUCGGAUAUGGCUGCAGGAGAGGAGCCCAACGAUGAAGAGCUUCAGAAGAGAGCCGACAACUCUGACACCGAGAAAGCAGCGCUGGCUGUAGACUACCUAGUCGUCGGCGCCGGACUCGCCAGUCUAGCGUUCCUUGACGAGCUUCUCUCGCUCGACAGCAAGGCCACCUUCGCCCUCGUCGACAAAAACGAGGCACCCGGCGGCCACUGGAAUUUUGCGUACCCAUUCGUCAGGCUGCACCAACCCGCGGCUUACUACGGCGUGUCGAGCGAGCCUCUCGCGGCCGGCGCGAAGCGGAGUUGCAUGAUGACGUUUGAGCCGUAUGACAACAAGGACCUCGCCGACAAGGAGAAAUUGCUCGCGUACUUUGCACGAGCCGUGUGCAGGUUCGAGGCCACUGGACGGGUGCAGUACUUUGCGAGGGCAACCUUCAGCGACGGCAUAAUUGCGUGCGCCGACGGCUCCAAGCGGUCGGUCAACGUGGUCCGCAAGCUUGUGCUGCCUGCGUCCAACGUGGUCGUGCCGGCCAUGCGGCCACCCGCAUAUGCCGUCGCAGAGGGCGUCGACUGCGGGCCCGCCAACAUCCUCUCGUCCGACGAGGAGUCGGGCCGGCUGCGGACGAGCUACGUCGUCGUUGGCGCGGGCAAAACGGGAGUUGACUCCGUGCUUCUGCUGCUGCGGCGCGGGGUGCCUGCGUCGGCCAUCACGUGGGUGGUCUCGCAGGACUGCUGGUACUUUCUGCGGGACUACAUUUUCCACAGCGGCAGCGCCUUCUUGGGGAUGAGCGUCAAGAUGCUCAACGCGCUGAACGAGUGCUCAGACUCGUCGAGCUUCUUCCACAAGAUGGAGGCGAUGCGGCUGGUUGGGAGGCUCGAUCCCUCGCGACCGCCGCCCACCACGUUCCGCGGUGCUACCGUCGACAUCGAGGAGCUAGAGCUGCUGCGGACCGUCGAAGCAGCGGGAGGUGUGGUACGCCUCGGACGCGUCACGGCCAUAGACGCGACGGGCAUCACUCUGCAGCAAGGCCAUGUCGCCCUGCCCAGCGCCGACACGCUCGUCGUGGACUGCAGUGCGAACGGCACUGACGGCUACGCUCCCAUCCGGACUCCCUUCGAGGCGGACCGCAUCCACCUCACCCCCUGCUACUCGUUCAACAUCGGCUUUGGCGCCGCCAUCUUGGCCUGGCUGGAGAAGAACGUGGAGACCGACGAGCGCAAGAACGCGAAUGUUUUCACGAUCAUCCCGGAACCGGGCGAUGUCGUGAAGUGGGGUUCCCCCGCGUUGCUCCCCUUGAUUCUGUACGGCCAGUUCAAGAUGGACAAGUCGCUCGAGCGCCUGGGCGCGUCCUCUUGGAUGCUGACGCACCGAACCCACCAGGCGUCGAUGAAGCACAUCUCCCUGUGCAAGCUUCUCUGGGCCGUGAUCGGGCCGACUCGAUUGAUGGCCAGGCGGGACCAAUUCCUGGCGAAGAUGGAGGCAGGCGGAUUCACCGACGUGCAAUUGCAUAGGCGUCACGUCGCGUGAGCCGUAUAGGGAGAUCUUGUCCGGGGUGUGGUGUGCGCGAGGCUUCUCUCUAAAAUUGUAUAUAAUAUAUAAAUAAGGCUUUCGUUGCGGUA